AUGACCACCAACGAAGGAGAACCGACGGCAAGUCAAGCUAUGGAAGCGAAAGAAGCAGUUCGAAAAGAGCAACAAGAUUUGAUGGAUGAGCUCACAGAGUUCGAUCACAUAACUCGUUUCUUCAAGAAUAAAUGUUUCGCUUUUGCGGAUGAAGCUGAUCAAACCGCUGCAAUCUCGUCACUUAUCAACUGUGAGGAUAAAUUUGUCGAAGCUUACAUGGUAACAGUUGGCAAGGUUUACCAAGAAAGUCGAAAACGUGUCUAUGCCCAUUACAGGAAUGUCAAACAUAUGUAUCUGUUUCUAACUGCAGAAGAAAGUUUAUUGGAUUCCGACGGUCAUCGAAUCAACAGUCUUGUGGCUUUCAUUGGAGUUAUGUACAAUACAUUGCUGAAAUUGAGGAGUGAUGCUUUAACGUUGUGUGAAGCUAUUCGGCAAAUAAAGACAAGCCAGUCGUCCAGCUUCUUCCCUCUUCAUGGCUCAGCAAGUUUCCAGAAGGUUUGGAUGCAUAUCGCGGAAAUUAUGUAUCAAUUCUCGGCUGUCGAUCAACUAGCUUCUCUGUAUCCACAAUUGGGAAACAAAUUUAGCGAAUUUCAAACAAAAAUCAAGAAGCUUUUCGAUUCUGACUUCACUCCGGAAGAGAAAAAGUUGUAUGAGGAAGGUGCCAAAGCACAAGAAGAUGCGCAGUCAAUGAUUCUCAAAGGAAACUGCUUCAGAACUCUCUAUGAAUCUGCUGGAGGUGAUAUGGAUAACAGUAUAAACUUCGCAAAUGAAAUGAAAGAAGCUAUUCUCGAAAUGCUCAACAAUUGGGAGAAGGGAUACAAUCAAGGGAAAUCCGACUCCCGUUUCUUCUGUGGAAUCUCCGCUAUAACUGUAUAUUACUAUCAUCAUUUUUCAAAUUACGUAGAUCAGUCGCUAAUUCGAAAAGUGGUUCAAGCAUCGAAAAAAAUUGUAUACUACCGAAUGCUCGGAGAAGAAUUGUUCAUUCCUAUGGAGUUUUUGCGUAGGGAAAUUUCGAACCCCAAAAUUUUCGACGCCAAGAAUGAAAAGUAUGUAAAACAAUUAGUGGAAGAAGCCAGAGAUUUGGGAAAAGAUAAUGAAGAUGGAAUACUGAAAGAGAUCAAAGAUUAUUGUGGAUAUGCACUCAUUUGGAUGGCUGAAUUUAAGCAAAAGAAGCGAGAACAAAUGGAAAGUAUUAACAAAUUGCCACAAUGGGGACUCGAUGUUGCUGAACUCUUUUUGAAAUGUAUUCGUAUUAUGGAGACAAUAACUCGUAAUAUCUACCUUCUAAUUCGAUCCAAAAGAGAACAAGAUUUCCAUAGAAUUGCAUUGGAACCGAAGUGUUCGUGGGCAAUAUUGACAGCAAUUGAAACUGUCAAAAAGUUGGAAGGUUUCGUAUUGGACAACUGGAAUACUGUGGAAGAAGGAGCGUUCUUGGCAAGACAACAAUGGAGAAAACAUAUGCUUCGUAUAUUGGGUGACGCCAGAAAGUCGUAUACAAGUUCGAAAAGUAAAAACAUCUCGACAAUAGAAUCGACUACCAAACGUAGCUUCUAUCACAUUGCUGAAGCGCAGUGUGUUAAUGAAAUGAUUGCAUCGAGAAAUGUCGUUCUCAGUUUAGCCUAUGAGAUAGGAAAACUAGAGACUCAUGUAUCUAAUACCGAUCGCAAGCAGGUUCACGAUCUAAUGAGUCGUUUGGAAACAUUCAAUUCCCCACGUCACUUGCUCGAAAAGGCUUCAUACACAGGACUUCUUCUCAGUCACAGUUGGCUUCCAUUGAUGUAUUUUGAUACAUUGAUUCACCGAAAACCGGAUUUGGAGGGUAUUGAAGCAUUCUGUUGUGCUCUCGGUGGAUUUAUCGAAGGCGCCAAGCUAACCGGUCAAACCGUCAGUCUGCUAACCAAGCUGAGAGAAACAGUGAUGACGACAAUCAUCACAAAAAUGGCUGCACAAAUUGAUUUGGAUCUUCGAAUUCUCGGAAACUCACACCUUGCGAUUGGUACCAUCGAGCAAUCGGAUGUUCCCGACGAGGAAAUGGCUUACAUCGGAUACCUCAUUAAAACUGUGAAGAGAUUUCAAGUGGGCACCACGAUCGUCCCAAUCACUGAGAGUCUUCGAAUUUGGCUCGAAAAUCAUUGGUAUUCGAUGGGAAUUUUGGCUCCAAAGGAUGCUCAAGUCUAUUCGAAAAUGCAACAAAUUGCUAAAUUCAAAUAUGGACUUGUUCUUCUGGAUGCCGAUCUUCCACAAACUGGUGUCGAUGAGAGUCUCAUUCUUCUCGAUCUUCUUCAAAAUUUCCCACGUUUCGUGACAAACUAUGGUUUCUUCAGUCAAGGAUACAUGUUCAUGGAGAAAGCUUCCGACUCGAAACGACUUCAUUGCAUCAGAAUGGUGGAUUUGAAAAAUGCUCUUCUUCAGCAUGGUGUUGGAAUACUUCCGACUGCAGUCAAUGCAGCCUACCAAUUGAUUCGUAAUAAGAUCCAGACAUUUUUAAGCUUCCUAGCCGAAGACACUGUUCGAUACCAAAUUCAGAAGCAUCUCCAUGAAAUGGAAGCUAACAAGUCGUCGUCGGAUGGGAGGAGGAGAGCGCAUUAUAAGGUGUCAUGGGCUGCCAGUGUUCUCAAAAAUCUCGCAAAACAAAAUCUGACUCUCGGCGGAGUCGUCUCUCUAGGACCAAGUGGGACUGAAAAUGGAACCGAACAAACUCCCAGUGAGGUCGUCUUCACAUAUUUCGACAAGUUCCGUCUCAUCAUUACUCAAAUCGGAAACGCUAUUUCACUCGUGAGAAUGUUAUGCCAAGCUGCUCGGGAAAACCAAUACACUCGUGAAGAUCUCUUCCCGGCAAUCAAAAAACACAUGGAGGAUCUGGAGUCGAUUUCACGCGGGUUGAUCCACACAGGUCGUCGUGCUGCUCCAAUCAAUAUCACUCGACUCCAUGCCACAUAUCGUCUUGGAUUGGUCAAAGAAAUGUUUGAAAGAGUGUCAGAGCACCGAAACUAUACCAAAAUGAUGUGUGUUGAGUUCAAGACUCUUCUUAACAAAUCCAAAUUGCCAGAGGAUCGAAUCGAUGUUCUCGAUUACUUCCACGGAGUGAUCCCUGCAUUGACACUCUCUCAUGUGAACUACAUGAUGACACAUGAGAAUCGAGUGAAGAAAACAUUCGCUUUGAAAGGGCACAAGGACUUGCUUGUGGCUGAUGAUGGAUUUGCUGCUGGAAUUGCGUUCCUUCUACACGUACUUGAUGGCUGGGAUGCCUACUUCAAACUGAACUGGUUUGAUAGUUACACUCUGGUGAAAGAACACGAAAUAAAGGUUCAAUCAGAGCAUCGUGAAUACACGCAAGCCGUUCAGAUGAAGAUGGAACGCCUUCAAGCUGAGCUGAGAAUUUUGACCAAUUUCAAGAUGAAUUUUGGAAUACAACAUACUAUCUUCACUAUGAACUGA